AUGGAAAACGAUCGUCAGGCAAGCGUUAUUAUUUUACAAUUUGAAAGUAAGUUACGCGAACAUCAAGAUAGUAUUUGUGAACUGGAGGCGAGACUUCGAGGUAAGGAGACAAUACGACGUCAGCUUCGUAAUAAAGUACAAGAGUUGAAGGGUAACAUUCGCGUCUAUUGUCGUGUUCGGCCAAGUCUGCCUUCAGAAACUAGUGUUUCGCUCACUAAUAUGGAGUUCGCCAAUGACACUGAUAUUAUUCUACGCAAUAACAGCAAGUCUAGUACUUUGUCUAAGAAAAGCCAACAAGCCAGAAUGUCAUUUUCAUUUGACAAAGCAUUUUGUCCAGAAACCACUCAAGUAACGAUUUAUCAAGAAACAGCACAGCUAGUUCAAAGUGUGCUUGAUGGAUACAAUGUUUGCAUCUUUGCGUAUGGUCAGACUGGAUCAGGUAAAACAUUUACAAUGGAAAGUGAUAUCAAAGGCCGUGAUAUGGGUGUGAUACCACGUGCUAUGGAACAAGUCUUCUUUAGUGCCAAGGAUCUCAUGAGUAAAGGUUGGAAGUACGAGAUACAAGCGUCUUUUCUCGAAAUAUACAGCGAGACAAUACGUGAUCUCCUUGGAAACCCAGACAGCAAACAUGAGAUUAAACAAGUAACCACAAACAAUGGCAAACAAGCCAACGAUGUGUUUGUUACCAACUUGAAAGCCGUUGCCGUUACAUCAUCCGAUCAAGCUAGUCACGUGCCUUAUAGAACCUCGAAAUUAACUCAUUUGUUGCAAAACUCUCUUGGUGGUAACAGUAAAAGUUUGAUGUUCGUGAAUGUUUCUCCUCGCGAGGACUCUUUCCAGGAAACCCUAUGUUCACUUCGAUUUGCCACUCAGGUAUGAUUCGUAUAUGUCAUAGCAUGAUUUCGAGUGCAAUUCGGGGAAAACAUGCACGAGUGAGUUUUUCAAAGACUAUCGAAAUU